AAUAGAGAUAAAGAUCUCAAGAACUAGAUAGAAUAAUAAAGAUUGAUUUUUGGAAAUAAAAAUUAUAAAAAAAUAAUAUUUUAAUUUAUUAAAAAACGUUCAAAAACUUAAAAAUGAAGUUCUUAAAUAUCGCAUUUAUCAUCCUUCUGGCGCAUCAAGUUCAUUCUUUUCCAGCAUCAAGUGAAAAUUCAACCGAAACAAUCGAAACAACAGAAGCAACAAUAAUAACCAGAGAACUACUAAAUGACAAUGAAAGAAUAAUAACACCUGAUUAUUUUAAUAAUGAUUUCAUAUCAGUACAAGAAUUCAUAAAUGCGGGUGUGCUGAAUGAUGAGUUAAUUAAAAGAUCAACAAAAGUGAAAAGAGAGGCUCCAAAGGAUGCAGAUAAAAUUGUUGCAAAAAGAGCCCUAAUUUUCAGACCUUUGUUUGUUUAUAAACAGCAAGAAGUAAAGCGCCAAAGAGUUCAAGAACAGCGUGCAACUAGAAGACCUGUACGAACGCGUCCACCAACUUAUGGUGGCAAUCGACCAGUCGGUUAAAUCUAAAUCUUUACAUUGGAUCCCAAAAAAAAACCUUGGAAAAGCUAAGAUUUCAAUUCACAAGAAUUUUGAUUGAUGGAACAAAAAAAAAUACCUGAGCAUCAAAGCAAAUUAUUUAGCAUGAACGCUUUAAUUUAUUAAUACGUCUAAGAAUUUGUGAUAAUUUAAUUAAUUUAUUUUUCUUUGUAGAAUAAUGUCAAUAAAGUAUGUCUAUAAGAUUUAUUCUGAUAAGCUGAG